AAUAUAGUUUAAACAAUUUUUUUUUUUUUUAAUUUCUUAAAUAAUAGCUAAAGAAAUAGUAGUGUAUCAAUAUUAUAAAACUUUUCUAUAUAUAUAUAAGAAAAUUAUAUUCUCAUAAAACAUCCAAAUAUCCAUUAGUCCAUCAAACCAAACCAAUUCUUUCUCUUUUCUUCUUCUUCGUUCAUCUUUCUCCAUGAAAAUGAAGUAACCCAUUUUCUUGAUUUCCCUUCUUCUUCGUCAAAACCCUCUUUUCCCCUUCUCUCUCUAACUCUUCUUCUUCUCCAUUCAACAGUAGUAGCCAUGUUUGAAGACUCUGUUUCUUCCAUACCCACAAUCUGGGCUUCAAUCAACAGCUGGUUCACACCCACUAUUCUCUUCCUCUUCCUCAACUUAAUGAUUGCCACCAUUUUCAUCACCUCAAGCUUAAACACCCCAAAACCAAACCCUAACCCUAACCAACAGCAACAACACCAUCGUCUUCAUCCUCAACUCGUCAGAUCUCCCUCUGUGCUUCAAAGACUCAAAUCCAUCAACUUUUACACUUACAGAUCUCAAGAACCCACAACCCAUUUCCAGAAAAACCCAUCAGAUUCCGACGAAGAACACACCCAAACCCAAACCCAUUUGUUCAGAUCUCCUUCCGUUCUUCAAAAACUCAAAUCAAUCAAUCUCUACUCCUACUUAUCUCCACCUCAGUACCAAAAUCCAAACCAAGAACAGACCCAUUUCGAAGAACAUUCAAAAACCCUAACUAAUUUCGACGAAGAAGAUACCGAAACCCUAGACCAGUUCGACCAAUCGAUGGACGAUGUUUACAGCAAGCUGAAGAACAACGGCGGAGCUCACGUCGUCCGUUCGAACUCCGACACGAAACCCUCUAACGGCGAGGCUCCACCGAAGCUUUCGAAGAAGAUGAAGAAAUCGGCCAGUGCUAAAUCGGCUUUUUCUCAUUUUAAGGAAGAUGAUAUCGUUGAGAGUCGCCGGCCGGCGACUGUGAGAGAAGGAAAAGCUAAGGUGGUUGAGAAGGAUGAGGAAGAAGAAGGUGAGGUUGAUGCUAAGGCUGAUGAUUUCAUUAACAGGUUUAAGCAACAGCUCAAGUUGCAGAGGCUUGACUCCAUUGUUAGGUACAAGGAGAUGAUCGGAAGAGGAGCUGGGCAUUAAUGCAAAGAAAAGUUUGAAACUAGGUAAAACUGCAAAUUUCGCUACUCUUUAGGGACUUAUUUGUUAUUAUUAUUGAUAUUAUUGUAAUUUAGCAAAAAAAAAAAUUACUUGUGUUUUAGUAGAUGUAUUGAUUCUGCUGUUAUUAUUAUUAUUAUUAAUUAUAUAUAUUUUUGUCUCUA